CCGGAGCGGAUCCCGGAUCCCGGAUCCCGGACAUGGAGCUGCAGCUUCUGAUCCUGUUUCUGUUUCUGUGUCUCUCCCGCCCCGGAGCCUCGGGACUGAACCGGGACCCGAAUGUGACAGAAUCCUUCGGGAAUGUCAUCGAGAACAUCACCGAGACCGAGUCUCCCCAACAGGCAGUGGAUCUGGAGCUUCCCAGAUUGUCGGAAUGCCCUGGGAAUCAGGUUGUUGUUGGGAAUGGCAGUGCCUGCGGCUGUCCUGAUGACCUCGUUUUCGAUGGAGGGAAUUGUAGCUGCACAGAAGGAUUCCAGUUGAUUGCUGAUGCGAGGCGGUGUAUUGAUGUGGACGAGUGUCACAGCUCCCCCGGUCCCUGUGAAUCCACUGCCAACUGCACCAAUACACUGGGCUCCUUCCUGUGUCUCUGUAACCGCGGCUUCCUGAUGGGACCAAGUGGCUGUGAAGACAUCGAUGAGUGCCAGCUGUCUGAGGUGUCGGGACUCUGGGCCUGUUAUCCGUACGCCUCCUGCACCAACACGCCCGGAUCCUUCUCCUGCUUCUGCAAAGCAGGAUUCGUGCACUCGCUGGAUGGAAAGAGCUGUGUCGAUGUGGAUGAAUGUACAUUUGAGGAGAAAUGCAGGCGGGAGCUGGGUAAUCAGUGCAUCAACACAGUGGGAAGCUACAGCUGUAUCUGUCAGCCUGGAUUCAGGCUGCAGGGACUCGCCUGCCUGGAUGUUGAUGAAUGCGAGCAGGUUCCUGAAGUUUGUGUCGGGCAGGCUGUGUGUGAAAACACCCUGGGAAGUUACAGCUGUGGCUGCUGGCCUGGACUCCGUGGCAAUGGGACACACUGUGAAGAUGACAAUGAAUGUGCCUCGGGUAAACAUGGCUGUGACACCAACGCCAGAUGUGGCAAUAUCAUUGGCUCCUAUUUCUGCCAGUGCUACCAGGGAUUCAAUGGAGAUGGUUACUCCUGCUUUGAUAUCGAUGAGUGUUCACUGAGCAAUGGGCAGUGCCGGCAGGUGUGUGUGAACGAACCGGGCAGCUUCAAAUGCCAGUGUCACCAUGGAUACACACUGACCGAGGACAGCAGGUCUUGCACAGAUUUUGAUGAAUGUCUUGUUGAGAAUGGAGAUUGUAGCCAGAUCUGUACAAAUACCAACGGGUCAUUUGCCUGCUCGUGUUACCAUGGAUACCAGCUGCAUGUCGACAAGAAGCAGUGCGUCGACAUUGACGAGUGUAAGAUCAAUAAUGGUGGGUGCUCCCACUCCUGCACCAACAGAAAUGGGAGUCACACUUGCAGGUGCCCUAUUGGACUAGCAUUGGACAAGGACAAUCGCACCUGUAUCAACAUCACUACCUGUCAGCUGCAGAAUGGCGGCUGUGAGCAUGUGUGUAUGGAGCGAAUCGAUGGCCAGCUGGAGUGUAGCUGCCAUGAUGGCUGGAAACUGAUGGACAACAGGAAGAGCUGUAGAGAUGUGGACGAGUGUAAUGAUUUUACAAAUGGUGGGUGUCAGCAGGUGUGUAACAACUCACCUGGGAGCUUCAGCUGUAGCUGUUCCAGCGGCUUUCAGUCCCGGACUGAUGACAGGACCAAGUGCGAACCGGUUUGUAACCCCGUCUGUCAGAACUAUGGGGUGUGUGUGGCUCCUGAUACCUGUGAGUGCCCUGCUGGAUACCCUGGACCGGGAUGCUCUGCAAUGUGUUCACCACCAUGUUCUCAUGGUGGGACCUGCAUGCGUUCCAAUACGUGUCUGUGUUCCCAGGGCUGGACUGGAGUUGGCUGUCAGACAGCUCUGUGUGACCUGCCCUGUGCGAACGGAGGGAGAUGUAUUGCGCCCAAUACCUGUCAGUGUCCUUCUGACUACACAGGACAACAGUGCCUCACAGCUACGUGCACUCCACCCUGUCUAAACCAAGGAAAGUGCAUCGAUGUCAACAAGUGCUUCUGUCCCAGAGGUUGGCAGGGAGCUCGCUGCCAAAUCGAGCCGGUUGCCUGUAAUCCAAAAUGUAAAAAUGGAGGCACCUGUGUUGGAUACAAUAAAUGCAAAUGUCGCAGUCAUUUCACAGGAAGGAGCUGCCAAACAGCUGUGAUUGCUCCCUGUGUUCCUCUCUGCCAACAUGGAGCCACCUGUCGACAGUUUAAUAAGUGUCAAUGUCCAGAGGGGACGGCUGGAAAUCGUUGUGAGAAACUCACCUGUCCUAUACUCACCACGACAAUCAGCACAGCCCGAGCCACCCGCCAGGGCAUUCGGGAGAGCUAUGUGGAUAGAUGUGGGCCACUUGGUGUCCAGCUCUGCAUCAAAUACAGGAUCAAUCAGCUCCGUGUCUAUGUGCAAGCGUAUAUGGUGGCCUACAAGAUACAAUGCCCAGCACAGGGGAGCGGCAAGUAACCGGAGUAUUGCUUCGAAUGUUGGCCCGGGGUAGAGUGACUCGGAAUAAUAUCGCCAUGGAUUUGUAGUUAGUUACACACAGAUUCCACACCCUUCACCCUGAUAAAGGGUUGUCCCAUCAAGCUCAGUUAGCCAGAGCGAAAAGCCCAGGCCGAUUUAACCCCUCGGGGGUUGCUGAUGUAUUGCAGCCCUCUAAUAGUGAAAUAUAGGAAAACAACCAGCAUUCAUCGCGUUAUACACACACUGCCAGUUAAAUCACUCGCUGCUUUAACAGACCAGCUGUUAUUUAGCAGUAACUUGUAUUUAUAGAGCACCCUUAGAAUGGUAUCAAACAAAGAUUGACACAUGAAGGGAUACUAGGUCAGAUAACCAAAAGCUUUUUCAAGGAGAUAUGUUUUAAGCAGCAUCUGAAACAAGAAAAGCAGGAGAGAGAGGCGGAGAUGUUUAGCGAGAAAAUUCCAGAGCUUAGGGCCCAGGCAGCUGGAGACAGGAUCUCCAAUGGUGGGGUGAGGGGGGAAUGCAAUGCCACCAGUUGUAUCAGGAAGAGUUUUUCACAUCCUCACACCUUUCAACCCUAAACCUGAACCUCCUUCAGCCCUUGAGCUCUCUGCUGCUCUGACUGUGGCCCUUCUGAGUUACUUCCUCCCUUCCCUCCACUUUUGGCAGCUCUCUCUUCAGCCAUCCAGGCCCAACACUUUGUAAUUCACUCCCCAAAGCCCCCUGUCUCCACCCCCUAGCCCCCACCCUCGCUUUACUCUCCGACUGAGGUUUUGGUUCGGUGGCUGAUUCGCAGGCCCCUGCGUUGGGAAGGUUUUGAAUCUUACUUUCAAUCGUGUCCUCUGUCCCUGUACCAGCUGCCGACCUCUAACCUGGCCGGAAUACCACGCUCAGUUAAAAUAGGUCCUUCAGUCAUUGUAAGGGGCCCCUACAUUCACCUGCAGGUGAAACUGGGAGUUGGCACAUUCAAAUCCCCUUUUCUUGUUGCAGCCCAAUUUCUCCAGUCGGAUGGUCUUUAAAAUCAUCGCUUUUCCUCCCUCUCCUGAUUGUGCAGCGUGUAAGUGUUGGAAAUUAACCAGAAUGAACCACUGUGAAUGUGAAAUGUGAGGGACAGUUUGUGGGGGGGGCGGAGGUUGCACCUGGGGAUUAGUUUUGUAUUUCUGAGUUGGUGCCAGUCAGACACCUGUUAUCCAGGAAAAUUGGUCAUAUUGACUCUCUGCUGUUUGACUUCUAAUAAACUGGAUUUGUAGUUUACAGCGAGUCACUCGGUGUAAUCUCGUUUAUUUUCUCUCUAUCGAUAGACUAGGAGAUCAGAGAGAGUUUGUGUUAAUUCUGUAAGCUGAGUGCAGGAAGGAGAGUAACAUAUUCUGCAGCGAUCCGAGUGAAGAAUCAUCAUGUCC